AUGUAUGCAAGUACAUUAGGUGAAAGAUGGUAUCUUAAUGUGCUUAGCAAGCACUUGGCUAAAUUGUAUCACUUUGUUGAAGCUAGGCUAAGUACUACGCCUAAGAGUGCUAAGCUAAUAAUUGUGCUAAAGGAAUGUUAUUAUUCGGAAGAAUAUAAAGUGAGCGAGCGAGAGAUCAGUAGAGAAAGAGAGGAUGUGUCAAUUGAAUUCAAUACACUCAAUUCAAUUUCAACCAACUAUGACCCAGGCUCCUGCCCAUCUUCGGUAAGCACCAUCCACUCCUCUGUAGUCCUGAUAUCGAUGGAGACCGCAGGAAUGGCGAUUCCCGCUUACCAUUACAUCGCACCGAAUCACAUUGUCAAGUCACCAAUUCACUAA